AUGGCACCAGCCGCCGCUUCAAAGCCCGACAAACGACAGCGCUCGAUCGCUCAAAUGUUUGGAGCCAAAGAUCCGACGUUGGCAGCGACGAGUAAAAGUUCUUCACAGGGCGCUUCUUCCUCCACCACCUCAUCGUCCAGGAUCACGGCGCCUGCUCCAAAGGCCAAGAACAAGGCUUCAAAUGUCAAAACGCUCAUGACGGCUGGACGUUUGGCCCGAGUUUCGUACCAAAAGCUGCAGCCGAUCGAUCCAGAGAGCUAUCGAGAUUCUCUAUCUGCCGAGUUCAAAGAGCUUCUCGCGCUGGAACUCGAUCCCGAACAUGGCCUCGGUCCGACCUACUUACACGUUCUGCGCGCCCAACUUACUCAACAAUACUUCCUCGAUCUCAAGCGGUUUUUGAUCGCCGAGGGACUCAAUCAACCACGUAAUGAUAUCUACCCGACUUCCAAAAACAUUUACCAUUGGAGUCGGGCCACCCCAUUAGAUCAGAUCCGAGUAGUUAUCAUCGGCCAGGAUCCUUAUCACGGUCCUGGUCAAGCUCACGGCUUAUCGUUUUCGGUUCCUAAGGGCAUCCCAAUCCCCGGCUCUCUAAGAAAUAUUUAUCAAGAAUUGAAAAGUGAAUAUCCGGAGUUCAAGGCACCUGGGCACGGCACCCUCCGCUCUUGGGCUGAGUCUGGCGUCUUACUUCUCAACACGUCAUUGACGGUCAAAAAAGGCGCAGCCGGCUCACACUCCAACAGAGGCUGGGAACAAUUUACCGAUGCGGUGGUUGACGCGAUUGACUUGUAUGGCGGACUGGGACUAUUAAACAAUCAAAAACCUUCGGAAGUAGAUCAAAUAGUCGAGCCUGCGUCCAAACGAAUGAAACUAGAUCAUCCUCCUUCCACAGAAGCUAGCCCCCCUCAAGCCAAAGGUCCUGAGACAGGAUCAGAUUCGGAUCCCAAAGCACCCUCACCGAUUGCAUAUUCAACCCCGAUGGCCUCCAUUUCAGACCCAAAGCACACAACUUCUGCUCCCGAGCCAGAGAAAACAAACCUCAAACCUUCCACGGAAGAUCUGAAUACCCUGGCUUCAGUUGACAAAAAGUCGGAGGAAUCACAGCCCGCGCGCCCGGACACGAACUCAGCCGAAUCGGGAUCCAAGGCGAAGCCCCCAGAAGUUGCAGGGGCAGAUGUUGAGCCACCAUCAACGAAAUUGACUGAGGAGCCAAAACCUCAAGACCUACCAGGAUUUGGCAAAGGCGUUGUCUUCCUGUGUUGGGGGAAAUGGGCCGCUGAUCGAGUGGCACGUUUAUCUGAGUCAAAACAUUUGAUUCUUAAAUCAGCCCAUCCCUCACCUCUUUCAGCCCAUCGAGGAUUCUUGGGAAACAAGCACUUCAAAUUAGCCAAUGAAUGGCUCGAGAACAAAUAUGGCGAGUCGGCUAAAAUCAACUGGUGUGAUUUGAAGCCCUAA